ACCCUCGGCCCCCACCUGCGGGCCCCGCACGGCCAGACCCUCUUAGCACCCUGACAUUUGGGAUAGGGACAGGUGAACCUGCUGCCCCAUUCCCGACCCGACCCUCCGGGACAGCCGACCCUACCUUUUUAAGGUUUUUUUCUUGCUCCAGCGGAGUCUCCCGCAGUCAUGGCCCCCAGGAGCUGCCGAGGACCGUCAGGGACCGCCCCCCAUCCUGGCCGCCCGGGCCCGUCCUCUGCAUCCCUCGGGCAGCCAGCGUGAAGCGGCCUCCAGCAUCCCCCGGCCCCUCCCCCAUGGAGGAGGAGGAGGGGGCGGCGGCCAAGGAAUGGGGUACUACCCCCGCGGGGCCCGUCUGGACCGCGGUGUUCGACUACGAGGCUGUCGGCGACGAGGAGCUGACCCUGCGGAGGGGCGACCGCGUCCAGGUGCUUUCCCAGGACUGUGCGGUGUCCGGCGAUGAGGGCUGGUGGACCGGGCAGCUGCCCAGCGGCCGUGUGGGCGUCUUCCCCAGCAACUACGUGGCCCCCGCCGCACCUGCAGCACCCGCGGGCCUCGCGCUGCCCCAGGAGAUCCCUUUCCACGAGCUGCAGCUGGAAGAGAUCAUCGGUGUGGGGGGCUUUGGCAAGGUCUACCGGGCCCUGUGGCGCGAUGAGGAGGUAGCUGUCAAAGCCGCCCGGCUGGACCCUGAACGGGACCCGGCAGUGACAGCGGAGCAGGUGCGCCAGGAGGCCCGACUCUUUGGAGCCCUGCAGCACCCCAACAUCAUUGCCCUGCGGGGCGCCUGCCUCAGCCCCCCUCACCUCUGCCUGGUGAUGGAGUAUGCCCGGGGUGGUGCCUUGAGCAGGGUGCUGGCAGGUCGCCGGGUACCCCCUCAUGUGCUGGUCAACUGGGCUGUGCAGGUGGCCCGGGGCAUGAACUACCUACACAAUGAUGCCCCGGUGCCCAUCAUCCAUCGGGACCUCAAGUCCAUCAACAUCCUUAUUCUGGAGGCCAUCGAGAACCACAACCUCGCAGACACGGUGCUCAAGAUCACAGACUUUGGGCUCGCCCGCGAGUGGCACAAGACCACCAAAAUGAGCGCUGCGGGGACCUACGCCUGGAUGGCCCCGGAGGUUAUCCGUCUCUCCCUCUUCUCCAAAAGCAGUGAUGUUUGGAGCUUCGGGGUGCUACUGUGGGAGCUGCUGACGGGUGAGGUCCCCUACCGUGAAAUCGACGCCUUGGCUGUGGCGUAUGGUGUGGCUAUGAACAAGCUGACGCUGCCCAUCCCCUCCACGUGCCCCGAGCCCUUUGCCCGCCUACUGGAGGAGUGCUGGGACCCUGAACCGCACGGGCGACCAGAUUUCAGCAGCAUCCUGAAACGGCUUGAAGUCAUCGAACAGUCAGCCCUGUUCCAGAUGCCGCUGGAGUCCUUCCACUCGCUGCAGGAAGACUGGAAGCUGGAGAUUCAACACAUGUUCGACGACCUUCGGACCAAGGAGAAGGAGCUCCGCAGCCGGGAGGAGGAGCUGCUGCGUGCCGCGCAGGAGCAGCGUUUCCAGGAGGAGCAGCUGCGGCGGCGGGAGCAGGAGCUGGCUGAGCGCGAGAUGGACAUCGUGGAACGUGAGCUGCACCUGCUCAUGUGCCAGCUGAGCCAGGAGAAGCCCCGGGUCCGCAAGCGCAAGGGCAACUUCAAGCGCAGCCGCCUGCUCAAGCUGCGGGAAGGCGGCAGCCACAUCAGCCUGCCCUCGGGCUUUGAGCAUAAGAUCACAGUGCAGGCCUCUCCAACCCUAGACAAGCGGAAAGGAUCCGAUGGCGCCAGCCCCCCUGCCAGCCCCAGCAUCAUCCCGAGGCUGCGGGCCAUCCGCUUGACUCCUGUGGACUGUGGUGGUGGCAGUAGCAGUGGCGGCAGCAGUGGUGGCAGUGGGACCUGGGGCCGCAGUGGGCCCCCAAAGAAGGAAGAACUGGUUGGGGGCAAGAAGAAGGGCCGGACUUGGGGGCCCAGCUCCACCCUGCAGAAGGAGCGGGCUGGAGGAGAAGAGAGGCUCAAGGCCCUGGGGGAAGGAAGCAAACAGUGGUCCUCAAGUGCCCCCAACCUAGGCAAAUCCCCGAAACACACCCCCAUCGCCCCCGGCUUCGCCAGCCUCAAUGAGAUGGAGGAGUUCGCGGAGGCCGACGGAGGCAGCAGCGUGCCCUCUUUCCCCUACAGCACCGUGUCCUACCUCACGGUGCCGCUGCCCACAGAGCCCUCCCCGGGGGUGCGGGCGCCUUGGGAGUCCCCCCGCCAGUCGCUCACGCCCACCCACAUCACAGCCACGCGCGCUGUGAGCCGAGGACAUCGGCGGACGCCAUCGGACGGGGCGCUGGGGCAGCGGGGGCCGCCUGACCCUGCGGGCCACGGCCCUGGCCCUCAAGACCCCCUGGACUUCCCCCGCCUGCCUGACCCCCAGGCCCUGUUCCCUACCCGCCGCCGGCCCCCCGAGUUCCCUGGCCGCCCCACCACCCUGACCUUCACCCCAAGACCCCGGCCAGCUGCCAACCGCCCCCGCCUGGACCCCUGGAAAUUGGUCUCCUUCGGCCGGACGUUCAGCCUCUCGCCUCCUAGCAGGCCAGACACUCCGGAGAGCCCAGGGCCCCCCGGCGUGCAGCCCACACUGCUGGACAUGGACAUGGAGGGGCAGAGCCAGGACAACACAGUGCCGCUGUGUGGGGCCCGGGGCUCCCACUGAGGCCUACCCACCACCACCCGCCUGGGCAGCCAUGAAUGUAGCGCCCCAGGCCCCGCCCUAGCCUGCCAUGCUCUAAGGCGCAGAGGUCCUGGGCAGGAUGCUCACUCUAUUUAUUGGGGAAGGAGGGAGGGAGGGGAUCUUAAUUUAUUCCUUUGUACCCAGGGGUAGAGCCCUGUGCCCACCCUGCAGUGGGGGGAGGGUGGGCAGGGAUACUCAGGGACAGGGCAUCGUGGGGGAUUUCGCAC